AUGCACCCGGGCGUGAAGGUGUUCGUGGGCAACCUGCCCGAGGAGACCUCGCAGGUGGAGUUGCGCGAGCUGUUCGAGGCGGCCGAGCCGGGCGAGGUCCUGCGGGUGGCCCUCAUGAAGCAGUUCGCCUUCGUGCACAUGCGCGACGACGCGUCGGCCGAGCGCGCGAUCCUCAAGCUCAACGGGCAGUUCCUGCACGGGCACCGCGUCGUCGUGGAGCCCUCCCGCCCCAGGCCCACGCACACCGUCAAGAUCUUCGUGGGCAACGUCCCGGCCGCCUGCACCAGCGGCGAGCUCCGCCUCCUCUUCCAGGAGUACGGGCCCGUCGUCGAGUGCGACGUCGUCAAAGGUACGGCAGGCGGAGGCGACCUCGGCCUCAAAACCCCACCGUCCGCCCGAACCGCGGCGCCGCCGGGGAGGCGCGCGGCGUGUGCCUUUCCCCCUCUCGGCUGCGAAGGAGGCCGCUUCUCCCCCUCCUAAGUCGCCCCCGCCGCUCCGGAUCCGCCUCGCUCGCCAGGUGUUGAAAGCGACAACGUCCCCCGUCUGCUGCCGUUGUAUCUCCCCGCCCCGGCCUCCUCAGUAGCUGGAGGUACUUGGAGGUAGACUGCCUCUAGCUGGGGAGGUUCAUUUCCUUGCUAAUGCUUCUCGGUAGGCUUGUUCCGCGAGAAAUCGCCUAGUUCUUCUCGUGAGAGCGUAAAAAAGUUGGUUUGAGUGAGAAGGUAAAGAGCGCCUGUAAACGUGGAGUGCGCCUUUUCCUGUUAAAUGAUUGCAAAGACUAACUUGCUGCGCUUAACGGUAGCUGAAAAGCCCGGGACGGUAGACUUGGGGUUCUUUUCCUGACACCUAAAUGAAAAGCGUCAUGCUUUGGGAAGGCAAUUCUGUAACUGGCGCACACCACUGACAGAAGCCUUAUUCCUGACGGUGGGGCUAAUGUGAAGAAGGGUAGUACUGUCACGGCAGGAUGGUGGAGGCAUGGGCUUUCCAUAAUGUAUGUUUAUCCCAAGCUGCUGUGCAGUAUUUUAAAGAGCCAGGCUGGUAUGUUGAACAGGCUCAGAAACGUGGCCACCAGUAAUGCAUCCAGUAGCUCAGCUAGCAGCUGCAUUUUUUUACCACUUGCAAUUUCCAGAUUGUCUUUUAAAGGCAGCCCCAUGCACAAUAUCCAGCAGUAGUGUAAGUAGGGAGUUGCCAGAGCAUGGGUCAUUGUAGCUAGACUAUUCUUGUCCAGCAGAGGUGGUCAUAGUUGGCAUACCAGUCUAGUGUAAAAAAAGAAAAAAGUAUCACUUUACCCUUUGGGGCAAGUGCAAUAUGUGGGACACAAUUUUUCCUGAGUAGGGAACUAUCUAACCACAGUAUUGCCAUCUUGUCAGGACUGAGCUUCAGUUCAUUGACCCUCAUGUAGCCUAUCAGCAAGUCCAUUAAGUUUCCUAACCAGUAUAUAGUUUACCGUGAUGGAUCAGACCAUUGGUCCGUCUACUUUAAAACAUUUCUCCAGCCCCAACUGGCCCCUGGGAACUUCACAAGCAAAGUACCAUGGAACUGUUUAUCACUAGGAUUCAGCAUCCCAAAAAUCUCCAAACAUGAACAUUUUCUUCUUAAAUAUCCUGUAUUUUAAUUUAUAUUUAGUUCAUCGACAGCUACCACUUAUAUAGACAAAAUGGCAACAGACACGCACAAGAGGGGGGGUAUUGGCAGACUCUGGAUAAGCCUUGCAAAAGUACCAAAUACAAAAACUUCAAGGGAAAAAGGCCUAAGUGGGAGAAGUCCCAAAACAGUCCAAUAAGAACUGAGCGUGCCUGAGAACUUGCUGUAUUUGAUGGGAGAAACUGGGUGGGAGGGAAGAUUUAAUGGGAGUUACUGAAAAAGGAGCAUGAAGGAAGAGACAUAAGACAUAAAAAGUGUAGAGAGAACUAUCUCUUUGUUUGAAUUGGGGUCUUUUGGUUCAUGCUGAGAAACUAUUUGUAAAGUUGCCCAUAAAAAUCAAUGGAGAAAUCCAAGAUUUUAAUGAAGCAGGGAUUGGGCACCAGUAGAAUCAAAGAAUUGUGGAGUUGGAAGGGACCCUGCUAGUCAUCUGUCCAACUCCCUGCAAUGCAGAAACCUCUACUAAAGCAUCAGUGACAGAAGGCCAUCAAACUUCUGUUAAAAACUUCCAAUGAAGGAGAGUCCACCACUUUCCGAGGCAGCCCGUUCCACUUUCUUUCACACACACACCCUGAAAAAAAUCCCCUCCAAACAACUCAAUGCUUGGUAGGCACACAGUGUUGACUUACUGUUGUGAGGGGUAGAAAAUGGGGGUGUAUGGGGAUGAGAUGGUGUGACUGGAAUCCUGAACAGCAGCACUCGACACUGAACAUUUUCUUUCAAGUUCCAUUUGUUAUGACUAAUUGAGAGAUUUAUUUCUCAAUGGAUACUUUUCUGUACAUUUUGAAUACAUUUAGACAGCAGAUGACCAGAAUUAUUUACAUUGUUCUAAAUGCAGGUGCACCAUAGAUUUAUAUUUGACACAAGCAGCCGCUGCAUAUGCCACUUUACUCAAAAGUAAGUCUCACUGUGUUCUCUGAGACUUGCUUCUAAGUUAUUGUUGCUAGUACUAAAGUUCCCCCCCCCCCAGUACACCCAUGCUGUGAGAAGUACUGCCUAAUAAGUACAAUACACACUCCUUCUGUACUAUAAGGAUACCAGAAGUGCUGUUCUUAGAGCAGAGUCAAAGGUAGAAUUUUGCGUGGUGGAUACUGCUAGGACUGUGUGUGGUGUGGUCAUGGGUAUCCUUUUGCCCAAGUAUCCAUUGGCAGGAUUUCAUAGGGCUAAAAAAAAGGUCCUGUUGCUGUGUUCGAAAGGAGUAACAUUUAUAUUCUCUGCCUAGGCAGGAAAAGACCCCACUUCAUUUUCCUUAGACUUUUGGUCAACAUCCCUGUCGUGCUUAUUGCUGAUGUGCCUGAGGCAGUCCCACCUCACUCCUCAGGUCUGAGGCUCCAUGCCCAUAUGUGCAGUCUCUAAUACGCCAGGCUUCUUCUGGUCUGGUGUUUAGGUUUCUAUUGUCUUUUCCCCUCCCACUCUCUUUUUAAGAUUUACAGUGGUACCUCGGGUUAAGUACAUAAUUCGUUCCGGAGGUCUGUUCUUAACCUGAAACUGUUCUUAACCUGAAGCACCACUUUAGCUAAUGGGGCCUCCUGCUGCCGCUGCGCCGCCAGAACAUGAUUUCUGUUCUCAUCCUGAAGCACUAUUUCUGGGUUAGUGGAGUCUGUAACCUGAAGCGUAUGUAACCCGAGGUACCACUGUAUGUGCAAGUAUCUGUAAAUAAGGAGAAUUUUUCCAGUGAUACCAGACAAAAUUCUGGGGAUAAAAUUCAAUCUGAUGGGUCCCCUGUGGAGACUACUUGUAUCUCCAAAUCCAAAUAGAUACAGUAAACAGAUAUUUAAGAAAAACGACCUAAUAAAUUCUUUGAGUGCCAACCGGCGUUUCAGUCAUGGGCAAAUAUAUCAACUGAUAACUGAACCAAGGUAUGAGGUGUUGCCACAAUUGUGGCUGGUGAGUAUUGAACUGUUCCUCACAGCUUGUGUAGCUUUAAUGUCCGUUUCUUAAACACAUUUUUCAGCCACUUUGUUUGCAACUAAAAGCCCUCACUUCAUUUCUUAGUCGACAUUAAUUUGUAAUUUUUCAUAGUAACAUGUGCUAUACAGAGCUUUUAAAAUUUUUAAUGGUAUGGUUGGAGAGGUUUUCCCCACUAAGUAGUUUAGUCCUAAGGCUGGUAAGUAACUUUUUAAAAUCUGAAGCUGUCACCCCAAGCUGCAGGCCCCAUCUUUCUCUCCUUUAUAGCCCCAACUAUUACUGCCAAAUGCACUUGCGUCGUCCUGUGCUUUUUGGGUAGGCAUUUGCUUCAAAGAGUUUGCAUAUUCCUCUUCUCUGUCACUUGAGCUAUGAUGUGUCAAGCAUUCCUCUAGAGCUUUCCUGAAUCUUCCAUAAUUUUAAAGGACCCGGCGGUGCAUCAUGCUGUACAGAGCUGUCAGUCAGAGGCAACUGUCUCUUCAGCCCCAACUUUAUCAUUUAAGUGGGUCAGGAGGAAGGUUCAUGUUUUGUUCCUCUCCUGUAUUUCCAGUAAGUCAUAUGACAGUAUCUUUGAGUUUACAUGUACACAUCCUUCUGAAUGCCACUUUCAGGUCUUGUUUGCAGCAUGUAAUCAGAUGCAACAUCUCAUUUGUUCCAGGACAGCUAAACCCAUCCUGAAGUUUUCCCAUUAGCCUCCGGUGUAGGCUGGGGUGUAUAGAAGCAGACUGCACCUCAGGAGACUCAACUGAGUGCUCUGGAGGGUAGUAUAUAUAGGGUUUCACAUCCCCAGGAAUGGUUGCCUCUCUCUCUUUCUCUAAACUGUUGUUGGAUGGAUUCUUUUGUUUGGUCUAAUGCUAUCUCCUUGACUGUGUCUCUGUAAGCUCUGUUAAUCAUUUCCUCCCUUCUGUUUCUUCUUCUGGAUCAGUUUUUUUUUUAAAGUACUUUGGCUGAGAACGCGAAGACUUAUGAAAAUUCAGUUUGCAUUUGGUCUAGGUCAGCAAUGUAUCUCACCAGGGGAAAACAGAUACAUACUCUGUUUGUGUGCAUCCCCAUCCCAAUUGAUAGGGAGGGUCAGAACAGAAUCUGUUGUGUGCUGCAGAAUGAAUGGCUUGCUGGUUUAGCAGUCUUCCAUUUUAUUAUAUUUUUUCAAAAUGCAGCUGCUUAAACACUGAAAUGCCACUCAUAGAACUGACAAACAUUGUCAAGAAAUUUGCGCUAGUUGUUGCAGCCAGAUAUGUAAAAUACAUCUAUUUGUAAUGUUGCAAACAAAAUCUGCUCCUUUUCCCUAAUGGGGUACACAAGAGCCCAUAUAGAGUUCUUUGUAGGUUCUCCAUCGGUAGGAGGAAAUAACAGAGGCCAACCAGAGAAUAUUGAGAAGCAAAGCAGCUAGUAAGCCUGAUCUUUAUUAAAAGUGUUGCAACAGGGUGCUCUCCCCACAUGCAGGAGAGAGGAGGAGGACCCAUAACAAAGGUGUUCCAGCCCUUAUAUAGACUCUUGAAAUUGCCCACCCUCAAACUCAAGACCACCCCCAGAAACAACAUAUGUACAUCACAGAAGGGGUGUAGCCCAGGACCCCCCCCCAAAUACAUCACAGAAAGUGGUGGUCUCUAGAAGAAAUACAUCACAGAGCAGUCUAAAACAGAAUCCUGUGUGUUUAUCUCCUGUCUGCCAGGUUACCUGAUUGCAUUAUCUGGGUUUUGGCCACUCUUUUGUUAUUAUAACUACUUAAUUCCUGAAUACAGGUCACAGGCUCACCCUAUUCACACCUUAAAUGUACCCUUAAGGCAGGAUUUGUGAGCACAGACAAUGGGGAGUUUUUUUCAUUUCCUCCCUCCUUGCAGAGAAACAUUUGGUCAGUUUGGGGGAGUCAAAAUGGUUUCAGGACUGUCUUCCUGUACUGUUUCAGACAUGUGGUUUAUAUAUUUAUGUACGUGUUUGCCUUGUACAUUUAAUUUAUAUAUUUGAGACCGUAAAUUCUUGUAACAGUAAGUUCAUCACAGUCUUCAUCAACAAUGAGUGCUCCCGUUUUCUUCAUACUGGCCCAAACUGAAAACUUUUUAGAUAGUGCUUUUCUGAUCUCAUCAUAGAGCAUACAGUUAAAGAAAUAGUAGUCUAAUAUUUCAGCUUUAUUUGUUCUAGCUAUUUGAAUGGGCAGGGAUGAGCAGACUUCAGACUUGCAGGACCUGUUUUUAUUUUGAGUUUGUUUGCUUUUUACUAGACUCCUGAGAUCCAGAAACGUGGUGCAAAAGACAAACUUAGAAUCAAAGAAUUCUGAUUGUAUGUGAACACAGCUCAGUCCUUCCACACAAAAAUCCUCUCCCAGUUACCCCAAGUUUUUUUCAUUUCAGCAGCCAUAAUUAGGGGGAGAAGAAUUUUGUUGCUUCUGCAGUUAAACACAGAAUCAGAUAUCCUUGCAAAUCACCCAAAGAUCUACCAGCAGAUUCAUAUUUUCUUUUUCAGAUCUAUGAGGGGAUGUGCGCAUAGCAGCCUGUUUCCAUUGGAUUUGCAGUGAAAGAAAAGUGUGUGGUUUGUGAAACUGGCACAGACUUGCUUAUUGAAGCUAAGAAGCAACUUUAGAGAAUAGAACCUCAGAUUCAUUCCACUGGGUGCUUUUUUUAAGCUCCCUAGAUUUAAAUUGCUUUUUUGCAUCAGCAGGAUCCAGCCAUGUUGAUUUAUAAUAAGUAUUAGGUUGAAACAUCCAAAAGUCUUAAAUGUAUUCAGCAGUCUUGACAGUUUGCUCCAGCAGUUCUUGUAACCAUGAGUCCUUUAGGCUUCUUAUCAGAGUCCAGUAGGCAACAACCUUUGCAACAGAGGUGCUUGUCCUUUGCCUGCUAUGGCAUGUAAGGCUGGGAAAGAUGCAAUAGGGAACACACCUUGAGAAAGUUGUUAGUAUGUUCUCCAUUCUGUUACAACUUGUGGAAUUCAGUGGGUGGAGGGAAACCAUACAGAUUAAAAUUGUGGCCUUUGUCCUUGUAUAUUUUGUGCUGUCAUUUGAAAUCCACCUUUGCUAAAGUAGUGCAUAAUUCUGGUGUUUAAAAUCAUACAAAAUGUCAUGGUUCACUGGCUUUACAAGUUCAGCCUCUGGUUUUAUCAGAGUUAAUCUUUUCCUUAAAUUUUGAUAGCUCAGCUUCAAGCCACCAUCCUAAAUGCAGUUUUUCUAGAAGCAGAAUGCCAGAACUAUUGAGGGCGGGGAAAAUAUUUACAUUUGUGUAGGGUAGUAUCCAUAUGCAAGAUGUUCAGGUAUAAAUGAAACUGUAACAUUUUAAUGCGCAACAGGAAUGUUCUCAGCAUUUUGACUGGGGGCAGUGGGGGAAAGUCCUGCUGAGGAUUAAUACGUUGAAGAUGAGAAAUCAAGCAGCACAGAGAGAGUUUGAUAUGCUUUGGCACACUGUGAAUUAUGUGCAAAUCAUGCAGGAGGCGGAGUGAGCUGUGGGAUAGGAUGGGUAGUUUGAUGCUUAGCCUUCAAACCUUUAAGACAGGGGCCAGUUCCUUGUACCUUAAUAGGUGCCAGUGGCCUGUUCCUUCCUUGUGGCUCUUAAAGAGUUGCCCAGCAAGCCACAUCAGCUGAUUCAUUCUGCAUUCUUCUGGUAUCAAACAGAUGUGUUUCAGGCUGAAGCCUUUUUAGGGCACAUCGAAGUAUGAGUGGGUUCCAGUAAUUAAAUGUCAUAUGUUCCUUAUUGAUAACCUUCUGUCUGCUGCUUUAUCAGACUAUGCGUUCGUUCACAUGGAGAAGGAUGAGGAUGCCAGAGCCGCCAUUGAACAUCUUAAUGGAAGGGAAGUCAAGGGCAAGAGAAUUAAUGUGGAACUUUCUAAUAAGGCUCAUAAAAGGGGGCCAGCUGGACACACCGGCCAGCUGGGCAACAGAGCUGAAAAGAACAAAAUACCAACCCUGGAUAAACUCCAGCCCAGGAAUGACGCUUUGAGAUCCAGUAAUCUUGCUUUCCCAGCGGGAGGAUCAACUUAUUCUUCACUGGAGUAUGACUAUCAGCAGCGCCUGGGGAACAACAAUUUAACCAAAAUUGAUACUCAAGACAGUCAGGCUAGGCAGGUAUCUCCUUCCUAUUUUGGAAGGGACAGAAGCCCCAUUAGACGCUCACCAACAAGAGCAGGUUACAUAAUUCCUAUGGCAGCCCAGCAAGCAUCCUACAGAGACCAGGCUUCUGCCUCCCUCGGGACAGCCUACAGAGACCAGCCUGCAGCAUCACUUGGGAUGGCUUACAGACCCCAGCCUACAACUGGGCAGGCUGCAAUGUACAGAGCCCAGUCCUCAGCCGUGCUUGGAAAUCAAUAUAGAGCCCAGUCCUCUGUUCCCCUGGCAACUACUGGGGCCCAGCCAGCAGCCUCAGCACUAACAUCCUACAGUGCCCAAGCAGCUGCUUAUGGAGCAGCACAAGUGGCUGCUUCUCAAGUCCCUUCUUAUGAGGCCCAGCCCACAACAACAUACGCUGCCACUUAUGGGGCCCAGGCUGCUGCAACAUAUGCAGCAGCUUCCUACGGUGCCCAGGCAGCAGCUGCCGCUGCUGCCCUCUCAGCAUCUUACGGGGCCCAACCUGCAGCCAACCAAGCAGCCUUGUACGGUACCCACCCUCUCUCAACACAGACAGCUUCAUACGGAGUCCAGUCAGCUGUUGGCCAUGCAGCUUCUUAUGGGGCCCAGGCUGCAUCUGCCCUGCCAGCUGCAUAUGGGGCACAGGCUGCAGCAAACUUGGCGGCCGCUUAUGGUAUGCAGGAUGCAGCAGCAGCAGCAGCAGCUGCUUCGUAUAAAACGCAGCUCUCUGCUUCACUGUCAACAGCCUACAGAGCACAAGUCUCAAACCCAGCAGAGACAGCUUAUGCUGCACAGCAAUCCACUUCUGUUCCCUUAGCUGCAGGUUACAGAGCUCAGCCAUCAUACAAUGGGCUGACUCAAUCUGCACAACAGGCAGCCUCAUAUACAGCAUUGUCCCAGUCAGAAGCUGCAGCUCUCCAUCCGCCGUAUGAACGCACUCGCCUCUCUCCACCGCGUGGCAACCGUGAGGAUCUCUACAGAAAAGCAGCUGCAAUGAAUAAGAGGUAUGCAGCUAGACCAGUUGUAAUGCUUUUCACACCAAUCGCACCUUCUGCCCAAGGAUUUUUCUGCACUUUUCAGAGGGGUUCAAAGGAGGACUUCAUUCUGUGGUUCCAUGGGAGGGAGCAGAGUUCCCGCUAUGACUUUAAAUUGGCAUUUAUUCGAAAGCAAGGAUGGGUCAGGAGUGGGGCUUGCUUAACCUUUGCUACACUGGCUGUGCCAUUAGUUUCUCUCUAUCAGAUCUUUCAAAUCUUUUCUGUGCUUUACUGUUUGUGGGGAAGGGAGCAAAUAUGGGCUGCGCUCUUACCAUUUCCCCCCACCUGCACAUAUCUCUGGAUAAUUGUGAGUACGUGUUUGCGAGAAGGCUCUGCUACCUGACCAGAUCCCACCACAGAGAUGGCAAACUAGACCUUUGAGACUUGACUGAGAUUGCAAAUAAGAGUUGCACCAGCUUUAAUUCCUGGCAAUGAUGAGCAUAAUCCAUCGUUUUCGGUCACCUCCAAGUCUUUUUGAGCCUUGACAUGCCUUAGCUCUUGUAUCCAUCUUAGAAACUAUUGAGUGUAGUUUUGUGAGGUCUGGGCCUCCUGCAUGGUACUGUGCUUUAUCACUGUUCUGAUGGGAGGCUCAAAAUUCUGCUUAAAUGGUGAACUAUAAUUAGUAUUACAGAAUAGCUGAACCAUUGAGAGAUUAUUCCCCAUGUCUGAGAGAAGUAAAACGGCCCCAGUUGCAGCCAGACAAUGGAGGAAAGAUUAUUGUUUGGAUUACUUUAGCAGGCUCUUUUCUGUGCUUACAUCUCAGCAGUCAUCUUCUGUGCGGGUAGAGGGGGGCCAUCUCAAUCAUAGUGUGUAUAUAAUGUAAGGCAUCGGCCAUGAGGGUUUUUAUUAUUUAUCAAAUAUCUAAUGUCUCUUCUCUUAACCAGGUACGGUUCUGACCUCUCAGAUGACCGCCGUUUAUCUGACCUCUCAGAUUUCCGCCAUUUAACAGACUCCCCCCACGCGUACCGCCAUUCGCCGACAAAAGCUCAACUGGAUUAUCGCCGUCUCCCAGAAACACAGUCUGAUUAUGCCCGAUAUGCGGGUGCCUAUGGCGAUUACAUGCGUAACGCACAACUGCAGCUGCAUGCUAGUUACCAGCGCCGCCUGUAA